GGUAUUUAUUAUAUACUUUAUACUAAAUACUAUUACAAUGUUGUGAGCAUGCGAAAAUUAACGGAAGAAGAAAUCUGUAAGCAGGUGAGAGGUCGGCAAACACCCAAUCACAGAGGUCAUAGAAGUCCGUGACCCAACCGCUCUUGAGUACGGAUGUACCCAUAGUUUCAGUUUCAGUUUAAAACUUUGACAAUACAAUACAUCUUUAUUGUCUCUGUCUGGUCGUAACAGAGAUAAAAAAUUUUCCUUUGUUGCUGGGAGCUCCCACAAUUUUUUUUUUUUUUAUGGCUCGACUUCGUAGGUAAGUUGACACGUGAUCGUGUCGCACCUCUCCCCACCUCUGUUUUCCUCCCCCUCCCCGCGUGUAGCUGCGACAGGUCAAGGUACGGGGUCACACCGGUUCAAUCUUCGCGUUGACCUGCGCGGGGACUGUACUGUACGUCCAUCUCCAAGUGAAACACCGCCGAUCUCUGAAUGGACUGACCCAAAUCACGAAGACCUAAGAACCAUUGGCUGAGUAGCUGGACCCACGCGAACGCCGCUGACCAAGUAAUCUGCAACUUUGAACAAUGGAGUCUUUUCCCGGAGGGAAAGCAGCGUGCUUGAUGCUGUUGGUGGUGUGGCUUGUCAGUGCUAAUGAAGCUUGGACCCUGUCUAUUGAGAACUACACAAGUCCGUUGACACUGCAAACUGGAAAGCCUUCAGAAAUUAACUUCUCGCUUCUCAACAUCACCAAAGACGAGGAGGUCAAGGUCUUGGUAAUUCGUCCUGGAAGCACCACGAGUAUCAUCAUAUCGUGCGUUCUCGCAAUAUCACGUGACAGCUGCUCGACCAACAACGAAACUUGUCAGUGUGUUAAAAACGUAGAGGCGGACCAUCAGUACAAGCUGCUGAAGACUUUUAACGAAAGUGACAAUGGUCAAUGGGGGCUCCAAAUCGUAGGUAAUACCACCUGGAAGGUGUCGUUCAACAUUACCGUGAUUUCAGACACAGACACGACCAAGAACUCUUCAGCGCUUCAAGAUAUGACAGCAUCAAAGGGGUUAACGGAGGAUGUUGCUGCACUGCCUGAGCCGACAGGUAUGUGUGUUUAGUAACCAUCAUCUUAGU